AUGGAUGUUGGGACGAGUGGAGGACAACCCCAGGUAUCUAGGGCAUCUAGCAUCCGCAAUGGAUUUGAUGGGGAACACGUAAUUGCUGGAUGGCCAUCUUGGCCGACUGCAGUAGCAGGGCAAGCAAUCACAGGGUGGGUACCUCGAAAGGCAGAUUCAUUUGAGAAGUUGGACAAGAUCAAAUGCUACAUGCAUCAGCUAUUAAGUGGUCUUGGACACUGCCAUAGUUGUGGGGUUCUGCAUGGUGACAUCAAGGGCUCAAACCUUCUGAUUGACAACAACAGAAAUCUCAAGAUUGCUGAUUUUGGUCUGGCAACCUUUUGCCACACCAAUCAAAAGCAGCCUUUAACAAGUCAUGUAGUUUCAUUAUGGUAUCGACCACCCAAGCUUUUGCUUGGAGCUACUGAUUACGGAGUAUCUGUUGAUUUGUGGAGUUCCAUUCUCGCAGAAUUAUUUGCAGGGAAGCCUGGAAGAACAGAGUCAAAAAGCGGCUGGCGGGCAAAGACUGGCUGGCAGUAA